AUGCCCGCGACUUCUGUCGACUCCGGAUCCUUUGUCGUCGUCGAGCGCACAAAGGGCCGCGACAUGGACACCAGCAGCCAGGCGUCUUCCAUCGCCUCCGACGAUGAUGCCCUCGCCAAGUCCAUGACGCAGGAGUCGCUCCUCUGGUUCCGUCCCAGCCCCUCUGACACCGGGCCAACAUCGGCCUCCUGGCCACAAGACGUCGUCCAAGACAUCCAGGCCCGCAGAACCCAGCUGCCGGGAGGCAAGCUCUUCCUCGACGAGCUGCUGCUGCUUGCCGAGGUCGACACCCGCCUCUACCCUCCAACCUCGCACGACGCCCUCUCCGACCUGCUCUCGGCCAUCUACACCACAUCCACCUUUGACAGCCUCAAGCAGUCCAGCCUGGUCUACUACCUCCUCAAGGACUACGACGCAUUCAUCGGCGAGAUCCGCACGCAUACGCAGGAUGGAGGGGAGAGCUUCAUCGCAUCGGCCAAGGCAGACGCAUUCGCAGUCAGCUCCUUCAUCCUGCCGCAUUUCAAGGAUCUCAUGGACGGCUACUGGCUGCUGGACCGUGGGAGAUACGAGGAUGCCGUGCCGCUGCUCACUUCGCCGGACUUCAUCCCCAAGAUCUACCGCACACUCUUCCUGCCGCCGCAUUUCGAAUCGCACCAUCAGCGAUCUCGCACUCCGCUCGAACGAUCCCGCCUGCUGCUCCGCUUCCUGCGCACCUCGACGCAGCCCACGACCUCGCCGCCGCAGAGCGCGGAACGGCUCGAAGAGCUCGACAUGGAGGUACAGGCGACUUGCUGGGUCCGCGGACCGACAAAGGCCAUGGUCCUGGUCAGGGAGAUUGCCGGCCAGCUGGAAGAUGAGCAGCUCCGGCCCGUCAUCCGCUCGAGGCUCCUCGACGUCAUCUUCCGCCACUGCUUCGCGCCGCCCAAUGCCGUCGCCAUCAAGAACCUGCUCGGCUGCUUCCUCGAUGCCGACGAGGAGAUCGGGCUCGAGACGUUUGUGCUCUCGCCGCCGGCUUCGAUGCAGGCGAUUUGGGCCUACAUCGCGGCCGAUGUGCUCAUCGUCCGCUUCAUCAACGAAGGCCGCUACAUGGACGCGGUCCGCCUCGACCGCCGCCUCGGACCGGACGUACGCGAGGGACACUCCUCUGGCACCGAUAGCGGCGAGCAAUCACGCCUGGUCGAGAAGCGGAAGCGUCUGAUCGCGGGAGCGCGCGAGAUUCUCCCAGAGGUCCAAAAGGAGCUCCUCCGCAUCGAAGAAUCCCUCGAGGUCAGCACGGGCCACCAUGUGGACGUGGACCAGGCUGAGGCCGUGGACGCGUCGGCAGUCAAGGAGCAGCCGGGCGAGCUCAAGAUGUCUUGGGAGCACGUCCCUCGUCCCAACGGCGCCGCAGCACCGGUCCCUGCCUCGCCGAUCGGCACUGCGUCCAAGCUGACCCCGCUCAGCGCCUCUCCGGCCCUGCGCCGCACGGACAGCAGCAGCCCCAGCACGCAGGCCUCGUUGCUCUCGGCUGUCGUGCGGGCGUCUUCGUCUCCCAAGACCACAUCAGCGCCUGCGCGGGGCCAGCAAGACAGUGGUGGUGCUCGCUCCUUCGACUUGGCGCCGGGCUCCAGCAGCCUUCCGAAGGUCGGCUUCCUGGCCAACAACUCACUCGCCUUCGGCCAAGCCUCGUCGUCGCGUCAAACUGCCCAGACCUCUGCUGACGGCGACCGCGACAUGGACGAGGACGCUCAGGGCGUCGUAGCAGGCUCCCAGCCGCUCGCCCCGAGCACCUCGGCCUUCGCGAGCAAGCCUGGCUACCGACUCGCCAGCAGCACGGCCCAGCAAUCUGCGGCCGACCCCGAAAUGCCCUCGACGGCGGAGACCGCGUCGGCUGCGCCGCAGUCACCCUGGCGCAACGCGGCUCCGCUGAGCUCCACGAGCCCGUUCUCGGGCCAGCCAAAGAUCCCCUCGAAUGCUUUCAUCGCACGCUUGGACGCUUCGCAGCGCGCCGGCUCCUCGUCGGCGUCGGCAUACCCCUUCCGCCCCGCCAUCACGUCGCCGUUCGUUGCCUCCACCGUCGCAUCGUCACGAGACUCGCCCCGGAACAGCAGCCUGCGGUCGCCGUCUUUGCCGCUGCACGGAUCGCAGAAGCUGACGGGGGCCGUUGCCCUCAUCUCUAGGCAAGGCCGACGCAGGCCAAAUUCCACACGGGGCGUCGACCUCUACGACGACGAGGAGGAGGGAAAAGCACACGACGUCGACGAGGACGAGGAUGAGGACGGGGAUGAGGACGAGGACGAGGAUGAGGACCAGGACCAGGACAUAGAUACCGACACCGACGCCGACGCUGGCGCUGACGACACGUUUGUCGGCCGGACGGGGCGGUCCGGCACCAAACUCAGAGCCACUAAGCAGGUGGGCCGUCUGGUGUCUGGCAGAGUCAGCCUCGGAGAAGUUGGGACCAGCCACGACGAUGACGACGAAAAGAUGCAGGCUGCGAUGGACCGGGAGGUCGACCGCCAUGCCGCCACAGGAGGUCGUGCCAGACGCGCGGCGCAGGCGAAAGGAUCGACGUCCAAGUCCAAGGCGAAAGCCAGCGGGAUGCCGAGGAGUCAAAGCGAAGCCGCUUUGAAGCCGGCCGGCCGCCAGACGCGGUCCACCACCUCUGUCAACCGCAAGCCGCUCACGCUGUCGAACCUUGCCGCCAACGACGAGGAGCACGCCGGGCGCGGUCGGGCGAACGCUGCCGACACGCGGCCGGUAGCGCGUCGCACCCGCGCCGCCACUGCCGAGCUGGAGUCGCAGCAGGGCGACGACCAGGCCAGCCAGGCCCGUACCGACGGCGACGCCACUCAGGACGCCACCAGCACAAUCUACAGCAUCAGCGAGGUGGGCGAGGAGAUGGACGAGGAGCGCGAUGGGCUGGGCAAGCUCCCUUCGACCACGAACGCGACGACCAAGGCCAAGCGGUCCAGCAAGAGCGGCGGCGGCAAAGCGGGGAGCGGUGCAGCGAAGAAGAAGGCGAAUGGGCCGGCGGCGAAGUCGUCUCGCAGCGUCAGGCGGAGCAGCAGGCUGUCGAGCGUCGAGCCCGAGUCGCAGGCGCACACCGAGAACCAGGAAAACGAGCCGCCUCGACGACGCAAGGCGGCUGCUACUUCGGCCAGCGGUCGCGCAGCGAGGAGUAGCAGCGCCGCCACCGUCGCCGCCAACGACGAGGGCGCGGCAGAGUCGGCCGCCGCUGGCGUUCGGACGAGGAGCGGACGCCGCACCAUGCCCGGAUCGCUCGGCGAUGACUAG